AUGAGAGUGGAAGAAGCAAUCAAAGCAAGCAUGUCUUGUAAAUCAUGGUUAAGUGCGUGGACCACCGGACCCAAUUUGGAAUUUGUUUUCGUUAAGCACUGUGGAUUUCUUGAAGUAGCGGAAUUCUUUGGGUCAAAACCACUGCCGCAAAAAAGAAGGCAUGAAAUUUACAGAGAGGGGAUAAAGUACCAACAGUUAUUGGAACACAUCAAUACCACACUUAGAAGGUACCAUCCCGAGAAGCUCCCUAUCCAGUCUUUUAAAAUCCAUCCCUACCGCUUUGAAGAUGGACGUACGCCUGAUUUUCUGGAGGAAUGGGUCCAAAUCGCUUUGCAAAAAGGUGCCAAAACACUGGAUCUGGGCUCUUAUAGCGCUCAGUUGCCCUUGCCCGAAUUAGUUUUGGUGUCGAAAAACCUCGUAGAAUUACUUCUACACAACUUCGUUUUGUUCAAACUGGACAUACAACAUUGUCAUCAGCUCAAGCGACUGCAUUUGCAUCAUGUAAAAUUCGCCGAUCAGUUAGCCUUUGGAAAUCUGAUGUCGAGUUGCGAGUCCAUUGAGAGUCUGGAGUUUCGGAACUGCGAGCUGAAUCUGUACGAACAAGACAUAUUUCAUCGUCAACAACAACUAAAACGGCUAGCUUUGCAAUUUUCAGAAGUAGAUGAGUUCACGUUUGGAAAUCUAAUGUCUUGCUUCAAAUCGGUUGAAGAUUUGGUGAUAUGGCGGGGUGCCGGAAUGGAGGAUUUUGUUAUUCCUGAGCUCCCAUGUCUCCAGAAAUUAUCCCUUUAUGGAUGUCGGCUUACUUUAUUACAUCCUUGCCCGAAUCUCAACCAUUUAAGACUUGUAUCCGUCAACGUCACCAACACUUUCUUUCAAGACUUGGAUAAUAACUGUCCAAACCUUAAGUACUUGUACCUCUAUGUUACUGGUGAUUGUAGCUUGGACUCGAUGAUGACGAUCAAAAUCUCAAGCUCUUCGCUGGAAAUACUACGUCUGAAUACAUACCAUGAGGAGAUUUUGGUUCAUGCUCCAAAUAUGAUUAGAUUUGAGUUUACAACGUCUUCUGUCCGUGGUGUACCCAACCUAUAUAUUACGGGUUCCUCAAAUCAAUGGACUUCUCGAAUUGAAGUUCGAAGUCCAAAGGUAUUGGAUCACUCCUUCUACAAAUUGAAGAACUUGGUUUCAAAUAUAAGCCAAUCGAAAAUUUCUUUCCUGAAAUUCAGGACCCUUUCAGAAAAGGUCAUCUUCGAUAUCAAUGAGGUAAUGGAUGAUAUGCCUUUUAGUCCUCCUUAUAUCGAACAUUUAUCUUUGAGAGGCCGUUGGGAUGAGAACCGGCUAACUUGUCUUUUGGAUGGGAUUUUUUGGUGUUGUCGUCCUAAAACCUUAAGCCUGUCAUGGUCUUAUGUUCAAGGGAGUGACCCCUUCGUGGAUGUAGUGAUGAACAUUCAACGCCAGAAUCAUAAUCAAAAUGGAAGGAAGUUGUGGGCGAAUGAUCUGAAGCAGGUCAAAGUUGAGGCAACUCGUUAUGAUGACCGUACCUACGUGUUAGAAUGGGGAAAAUGA